UGGCGGCGAACGGCGCGCGCUCGCCACCCGGUUUGCACCCUAUCGCACAUGCGUUCCAAGAUUCUAAAGUCCGUUAAUAAGAUCAAACCCCGAUUCGAAAAUUUUCAAGACUAGUCGUGAUUUGUUUUGUUUUUAAUUAAUUAAAUGUUUUUUUAGUGAUUCUUGUUCUGUUGUCUAUUGUCAAGGCGGCGACAUGGGAACUUAUAAAACAUUACGACAAUGUUUAUUGCUCCUGGCAUUAGUAGCGGUGCAGAGGAGCAGUUCUGAAGACAUCAACAUUCAAGCAGUGCCAAGUGAUCUGAGAAGAGCAGCUAGCGAAGCCCUAGCUUUGGAGAGGAGGUUUCUCUUAAGAGCUAAUGAUGCAAACAAUUGCACAUCCCAGGAGGAUGAUGUCAGCAGUACGCCUUGUCCUCCAAGUAAAUAUCGAAGCGCAAGCGGAGAGUGCAACAAUGUAAGGCAUAGGCCGUGGGGUAGACGAGGAGAUGUCUUCCUUAGGUUACUGCCACCUAAUUAUGCUGAUGGUAUAUCCCAACCACUAUCGUCGCCGCGUUUGCCAGAGCCCCAACUGGCAGUCCACGCUGCGGCUCAGCUGACGGAACCUGCUGAUCACGACUACGUCACAAGUUUGUUGGCGGCUUGGGGACAGCUGCUUAUGGACGAUCUCAUUGCUACUGCUAAUGGUAACAAGAAUUGUCAAGAAGCUAACUGUGAGUACGUUCGAUCAGCUCCAACAAGAAACAUCGACUCUUGUGGCUUCGAACACCGUGAUCAAAUGAACCUAGCUACCGCCUUCGUCGAUGGCUCUUCUUUAUACGGUAGCUCCGAGAAAGAACUUCGUUCUCUACGGCUCUACGAUGCUGGAAAAAUCGACUUGGCGUCCUGCCGCAAAUGUAACGACGGCACACCCACAGCGCCUCUUUACAAGGCGAUUCUGUCCGAACACAAUCGUAUCGCUGGCGAAUUGUACUCCCUUAAUCCUUUCUGGGAUGACACCACAUUGUUCUUGGAGACGCGACGAGCAGUAGCAGCCAUUAUUCAGCACAUUACUUAUAAUGAAUUCUUACCAGUACUACUGGGUGAGGUGGGCAUGGCAAAAGCGGAAUUGAAGCUAACAUCACUCGGCUUCUGGCGAGGGUACUCUAGCGCGAACCGCGCCGGCGCGUACGCUGAGCUCGUCGCCGUCGCACCUGUCUUCAAGGCCAUGAUGAACGAGAAACUGGUCAACGGUACUAUCACUCUGCAAGACUUAAUCCGUACAAGUGCUCACAAAGUCUCUCGCUUCCCAUCAUCAGCUCAAUGGGAUGUGAACCGUGCGAGAGAUCACGGUGUCGCCUCUUACUUGAAGGCUUUGAGACUUUGUGAACCAACGAUGAAUGUGAAGUCUUACGCAGAUUUUAACAAGCUGGGUUUUGAUAGAACACAACAGGAGAUGAUGGCUGAUAUGUAUCGAAACGUGGAAGACAUCGAACUAGUUAUUGGAGGCGUAAUGGAGAAGCCUGCAACUGGAGCCGUUAUCGGGACAACUCUGGCUUGCGUCUUGGCUCUACAAUUCGCCAAUCUGAAAAAGAGUGACAGGUUCUGGUAUGAGAACGAUCUUCCUCCGUCUUCUUUCUCACCUGUAGAACUCGCUGCCAUCAAGAAAGUGUCUCUAUCUGGCCUGCUUUGUGACGCCGACAGUACCAUCGUAAAUAUUCAGCCUAAAGCCUUCGUGAAAGAGGAUCCUUAUUUGAACGCAGCGCAGCAAUGUAGUCAACACAACCGCCUGGAACUAUCAGCUUGGCGCGAUGAAACCGGUGCCAAAGCGGCUGAAAGACUCAGUCAGGAUAUGAUCGCCACAGCCCUAGAAAAGGCUAAACAAGAAAUGGCAGACAGGAAAAAACUCGAAUACAUGCUUUGGGAAGCCAAUGGAGGAGCUGAUCCCAAAUCUCCAGUUGGAACUGCUGCAUCCUUCUCAAAGGCCAAUAAAUACGCCUUAAAACUCGCCAACACAUCCCUCUUCUUUGAAUUCGCUACCAAUGAGCUUCUGAACUCCCUUAACACUGGGCACCGUCGAAAGCGUCAAAUAUUUGAUGAUGCUCUUGGCUUCAGUACAACUAAUGAUUUUGUGGACUCCCUACAAUCAGUCGACGUUAGUGGUUUCGUAGGUCAAGACCAAUCAGGGCCAACUAUUGAACCUCAAUGUGAUGACAACGGUUCUUGCGAUCCAGAUAGUCCAUUCAGAACUUACACUGGAUAUUGUAACAAUUUGAGGAACCCCAAUUUGGGCAAAAGUUUGACCACAUUUGCAAGAUUAUUACCUCCUGUAUAUGAAGACGGUGUAAGUCGUCCACGUAUUAACUCAGUGACAGGCACACCACUGCCUUCGCCCAGAAUAGUGUCCACGGUGAUCCACCCUGAUAUAUCUAAUUUGCACACACGAUACACACUCAUGGUGAUGCAGUUCGCGCAAUUCCUCGACCACGAGCUUACUAUGACACCUAUACACAAAGGUUUCCACGAGUCAAUCCCAGACUGCCGUUCCUGCGACUCGCCACGCACCGUUCACCCAGAAUGCAACCCAUUUCCAGUACCAAGGGGAGACCACUAUUAUCCUGAAGUCAACGUCACGUCUGGGGAGAGACUGUGUUUCCCCUUCAUGAGAAGUUUGCCUGGUCAACAACAACUUGGCCCUCGUGAACAAGUGAACCAAAACUCUGCUUUCAUCGAUGCAUCUGUAAUUUACGGUGAGAACCCGUGCAUUGUACGCAAACUACGAGGUUUCAACGGACGCCUAAAUGCCACUGACAACCCACAUCAUGGUAGAGAAUUGUUGCCGAGGUCGGACAGCCAUCCAGAAUGCAAAGCGCCGAGCGGAUACUGUUUUAUUGCUGGUGAUGGCAGAGCAUCCGAACAGCCAGGUCUUACAGCGAUUCACACGAUCUUCAUGCGAGAACACAAUCGUUUGGUAGAGGGCCUUCGAGGAGUCAACCCUCAUUGGGAUGCUGAUUUACUCUUCGAACACGCACGCCGUAUUCUAGCUGCUUCAUUCACACAAAUUAUCUAUAAUGAAUUCUUGCCGCGUCUUCUUUCUUGGAAUGCUGUCAAUCUUUAUGGAUUAAAGCUGCUGCCUGCAGGCUACUACAAGGAAUACUCUCCGACCUGCAACCCAGCGAUCGUAACAGAAUUCGCCUCAGCCGCAUUCCGUAUAGGACACUCCUUGCUGAGGCCACACUUACCACGACUUAAUCCGAACUUCCAGCCCGUUGAACCUCCGAUUCUACUGAGAGACGGAUUUUUCAGGCCCGAUUUGUUCAUGACUCACCCUGGAUUAGCAGACGAGCUAAUGCGUGGUCUUGCAUCCACUCCCAUGGAAACCCUCGAUCAGUUCAUCACCGGUGAAGUCACCAACCACUUGUUCGAAGAUAGAAGGAUUCCAUUCUCAGGUGUAGAUCUGAUUGCACUAAACAUUCAGAGAUCUAGAGAUCAUGGUAUUCCAAGUUAUAAUAACUACAGAGCGCUUUGCAACUUGAAGAGAGCAACCACUUUCGAGGAUUUGUCUAGAGAAAUUCCGGAUGAAGUUAUUGCAAGAUUCAAGAGGAUAUACCCAACGGUGGACGACAUCGAUCUAUUCCCUGGAGGCAUGAGCGAGCGACCUCUGCAGGGCGGUUUAGUCGGCCCUACUUUCGCCUGUAUCAUUGCCAUACAGUUCCGACAGCUGAGGAAAUGCGACAGGUUUUGGUUCGAGAACGACAAUCCAGCCGCUAGGUUUACCGAACAACAAUUAGCUGAGAUCCGCAAAUCUACAAUGUCCAAAAUUCUUUGUGAAAACUUUGAUGUACCCACUGACAUCCAACGUGCAUCGUUCGAUUUGCCCAGUAACUUCUUGAACCCGCGUGUGCCCUGUUCAUCGCUACCACAGAUAGACCUCUCAGCGUGGAGAGAGAGCUCGGCGCAGGGCUGCCUCAUCGCCGGCAGGAACGUCGCUGUUGGAGACAGCGCCUUCCCUUCGCCAUGCACGUCUUGCAUCUGUUCUGUAGAAGGGGCACAAUGUGCAUCCCUACGUAUCACAGACUGUGCACAGCUCCUUCGCGAAUGGCCGCGCGAGGCGGUUUUACGUGAUGACGUAUGCACAGCACAAUGUGGUGCAGCUGCACCAGCGCGUGCGCCGCGGCGUCCAAACCAACCACUCAACUUCAAAUUCCCUGACCUUACACCUUUUAUCGCCAAGUGAACGUGAUCAGUUGUAUAGACGAGUAGACGCGUUGAUACUUUUACAAUGAUUUUGAAUGAUUCUUCAAAGUAUACCAAAGGAACAGCUUAUUAUUAUCAGAAAAAGAAAUGUAUCCAAAAGUGUAAAAAUUAAAGUAAAUUAUGACAUUUUUAUGACGUGUUAACAAUUAUAGCUUUGUCUUUAAUUGUUAACACGUGAAAAUCUCUUUGUCAGUUACAAGGCUAUAAUAACUAUACAGAACAUGGCCUUUAACUUGCUUCACAACACACGUGAAUCACCUGUGCAAGACAACGCAGGCUCUAGACUCAAGUGAACAAGACUAUAAUGUGAAAAGUGGAACAAACGUUCAUGAAGGCUGUGGCCUAGUGUCACACUGGAAAAUGUAAAUAAGUCCAACGUUAGAUAAGUAAACGAAAUAUUAAAUAAGACAAUAUGAAAGUCCUACCAAACGCCAUAUAUGUACUUUCAAUAUCUCAAAUUAUACGUUGUUACUCAAUAUUAAUAUAAGGCGUACAUGUAAAAGUCCAAAAUGCUUAGUAUUUUUCAUGAAUAAAAUACUCCCAAGGGCCAAAAAUAGCGAAAACGCUAUUUAUUUUUUAGAACAAGGUGCUUGAGGCCUUUAGCUACAAAUUGUAAAUUAUUAUUUUUAAGAUUUUUGACAUACAAUCAUGUCAGCGAACUCAAAUUCAAUAACAACGAGGUGUCCAUAAUUGUACAUGAAACUAUUCUACAUAAUUAUAUUAUGAGAUAGCUGAUCCAUUGAAUUAAAAUGGAAUAAUUUGUUUGAAAUUCCAAAAUAUAAUAUCAGCCUUCGCCUUGUUAUAGAUUUUUAAGAAACUUGAUGCCAUUUUAUGAUCAAAGUUUGACCCGUUUUCAGAGCGAAUUGGAAUUUUAGCACAUGACAUUAUACCCAAACUUGUACACACCGCACAACAUCAAACUCAACUGCAAUCUAUACCAUACAUGAUAAGCUGGCAUCCCGUCCUUAGGCGAGCCAUAGCAUCGAUCAUGCAAUGCCAAUGUGUAAUUUUCAGGUUAGUUUUCUCCACCUAAUUUCGGUGGCAAUUUGUAUAUAAGUAUUAAAGUAUAUAUUAUCGUAAAAUAUUAAAUAAUAUUUCAGGCUACAAUACUAGAAUAUUAAAUAUAUUCACA